AUGGGAGAGAGAUUGGCAGGGUUUGGGGUCGUGAAUUCGAUGGUGAGAAGGCGGAUGCUGAAAGAGGACAAAGAGUCUCCAGAUCUGAAGGAUGCUUUGGAUGCCAUGGAAGAGGGUGGACCUAGCAGCCUUAACGAAAAAUUUUCAAAUGUUACCUCCAAAAUGGUUGUCGAUGAUGAUGAUGAUAUGUAUUUUGAUGAUUCCGAUUCCGAUGAUGAGGCUGAAAACUGUUUGCAAGAGUUAGGUAAAGAGUUCCUGAAAGGUUUCUGUAAAAAGAUUUCAACAGCAUUUAUUGAGCAGUAUGGCCUAAUUAGUCACCAAAUCAACUCAUAUAAUGAUUUCAUUAAACAUGGUAUUCAACAAAUGUUCAACUCUAUUGGUGAGAUUGUUGUUGAGCCCGGGUAUGAUCCGUCAAAAAGGGGAGAUGGUGAUUGGAGGUAUGCAUCUCUCAAGUUUGGGAAGGUCACACUUGAACAGCCAACAUUUUGGACAGGCGAGAAGUUUUCAGCUGAAGGUGGUAAAGAGUUUUUGGAAAUGUAUCCUUGGCAUGCUCGUCUGUAG